AUUUCUCUGUUCAUCAUGGAAAUGGAUCACAUCUAUGGAAAUGUAUGUGCGGAUAACACUGAGAGCUACAGAGCCUAAGGAACGUGAAUGAAGCAUUAUGUGGUGGAUCAAUCCUGCACUUAUAGGUGAAAGUGGAGAUACCCUGGCUUCUCAGGCCACCUUAAAGGCCACCACAAAGGUUCAGAUUCCCCUCCUGAUCAUUGGAGCGAUUCUGCUUCUUGGUGUAGCAGUUCUUGGUACAUUGACAUACAAAUAUGCAAGUAAACUAAGUGAUGAACAAAAGAAGUUUGCCCUGAUGGAUGCUCAAUAUAAGAAUAUAUCAGCUGUUUUGAAUAACACCGAUGCACAGUACAAGGAUUUACUGGCAACUUACAACAUAUCCUCAGGUAAACUAAGUGAUGAACAAAAGAAGUUUGCCCUGAUGGAUGCUCAAUAUAAGGAUAUAUCAGCUGUUUUGAAUAACACCGAUGCAAAGUACAAGGAUUUACUGGCAACUUACAACAUAUGCUCAGCUAAAUGCAGUUGUAGGGCUUGUCCAGAGGGAUGGAAGCAUCACAGAGAAACAUGCUACCUGUUCUCCUCUUCAAAAAGGAACUGGGAGGGAAGUCGAGACCACUGCAUCACCUUAGGAGGUCAUCUAGUCAUAGUGAAUGAUCAAGAGGAGCAGCAUUUUCUGGCUGCUCAAGCAAAAGAUGUACAUCACUGGAUUGGACUGAAUGAUCUUGCAGUGGAGGGACAAUGGCGUUGGGUGGACAACAAAAGUCUCAGCGAGACGGGAGUUGUUUUCUGGUUUAAGAGAUCAAACCUCAAUCAAGCAGAUGAGCCAGAUAACUGGAAGCAGGAGGAUCCUUCAGGGGAGAACUGCGCUAGCAUUUCCUUGCACAACGGGGAUUGGCAAGACAAUUCCUGUAAAACAAACAAUCUUUUUGUUUGUGAGACAUUGGCUAGUUCUUGACAUGUAAUUUCAUUAAAUAUUUCAAAUGACAAUGAUCUGUUUGUCAUCCAAUUUUAUGCAGACUUGCUUUGUUAUCUGGGAUAUUUUCAAUAACCAAUUAUGUGAUGCUGAAAAAAUAGAAUUUUUGUUUUUAAUGUAAUACAAAAUGUUAUGUAGCAGCUACUAAUGAUUUUUUCUCAUUUGAAUCCAUCUGAAAACAAAUAAAAUGCUAUGCAAGUAAGUAAUGAAUGCUCCUAAUGUAUGUAAAAUGUGUAGGAACUGUGAAGGCUAGGCUAGUUUGUUGUCUAGAUGUUGGCCUACAGUAGAUAUAAUUCCACUACUGUGUGUGUGAGUGAGUCUGAAUCAGUCUACUGAAGGAAAUGUAAAACA